AUGGCACCAGGUGGUGGCAGCAAGUCCAAAACAACUGAUCCUAGUUCGCCAUUUUACUUGGCUGGAUCCGACAGUCCAGGUCUCUUGUUAACGAUUGUCAUGCAGCGUGGUGAGGCCAACUAUGACAACUGGGCCAAGCUCAUGAAAAACGCAUUGAAAGCGAAAAACAAAUUGGGUUUUGUGACCGGUUCAGUCAAGAAACCAGGAGAGGAUGAUGUCGAAGAGUGGCGCGCCUGGGAGAUGUGCAAUUCGAUGCUCAAUGGUUGGAUUCACAACACCAUUGAUGCAAAACUUCAACCAUUCAUCAAGUGCUUUGAUGACGUCAAGGACUUAUGGAAUGACCUAGAGGAAAGGUAUGCAGUGCAAAACUUUCCAAGACAGUAUCAACUGAAAUCCAGUUUAGCCAAUAUCAAGCAACAUGGAGAUUGCGUUGGUGAUUAUUACACCAAACUCAGGGCUGUAUGGGACGAUCUGGAAGACAGCAAAACUCGCAAGUCUUGCGAUUGUGGUGAUAAGUGUGCCAUUGCCAAAGCAAUCGAGGAGGAGCAAGAGCAUGAUCGCGUUUUUCAAUUUUUGAUGGGGCUGGAUGAAUCUACAUUUGGAAAUCUGAGAUCCCAUAUCCUCAACACUUCUCCUCUUCCUAGUGUCAACAAAGUGUACACAAUUGUCACUCAAGAGGAGACCCAUCGUAGUAUUUCUCGCGUUCAAGAUGAGAGGAGUCAGGUAGUGGGAUACUCAGCCCAAAUCGAUUCCAUGAAGCAGUCAGACACAUCCAUGCAGCAGCGGAUGGUUCCUAACAAACCACAAGAUAGAAUACCUUGCCCUCAUUGUGGCAGGACCAAUCACGACCCUUCCAAAUGCUGGAACGUUCAUGGUUUUCCACCAAACAAGAGUGCUGGUCGCGGACGAGGAAGGGGGGGACGUUCGGCAGGACGUUAUACGCAUGCUCAUGCGACGUUUGGAAUGGAUGCCUCACACCCAGUUGCUGCUAACUCUCUUCCUCCAGACGUCUCUCAUUCUGCCUCUUCUCAAGUUGCUGCACACUCCGUUUUGACCCCAGAAAUUGUGAACAAACUGUUAACAUUGGUAGACCAGCCUCAGUCACAUGAAAAAUUAUCUGGUAAGCGUAUUCAUUCUCAAUGGCUCAUUGAUAGUGGGGCCUCACGUCAUAUGACAGGCACUUUGGCUUUAUUAGCUGACAUUACACCUAUUCCCCCUCUAUCUGUGACUCUACCAAAUGGUUCUAUUACUUAUGCUGCAAAACAAGGGGUUCUCUGA